AUGAUUGUUGCUAUCCUUACGCUGCUGCUGGCGGGCGGGUACCCUGUCAUAGCUAACAACCAGUCGAGUCGCCAUAUCGCCGACGCUGUCCAUUAUUACACUAAUGACUCAGUUAGACCCAGCUUCAACGCUCAGUAUAUUUCCUUGGGCCAGAAUAUUCAAAAGCCCACCAGCCCCUAUCAUGAAUUCACAUUGACAUGGGAUUCGCCUUACGCGACCCUUGACUAUGGGGCUGAGGUGGCCGGUUUCCCUACCUUUGAGAUCGCCAAUAUCGACAGUCCGGCACAGAUUGAGGUCAAAUACAGCGAGCAGCUUAGUGGAUUAGCCGACCCUUUCAGUGACGGUCCCAGCUUGUUUGUGGCCAGUCUCGCCAACUCUUUCCGCGUGGAAACUUUUAACAUCACCAGUCCUGGAAAUUUGAGCUCUGAGCUCUUACAGGGAGGCCAGCGAUGGCAAAGCAUUUGCCUGCUUACUAGAAAUACGGUAACAAUUCGAUCGGUUUCGUUUAAGUCAUCGGUCGGUGUGGUGGACACUGAUAACCUUCCCGGCUCUUUUCACUCGUCAAACGAACUGUACAACGAGAUUUGGAAUCUGGGUGCUCGGGCAGUCUCGCUGGCAUGCUUCGACGCAGGAUCACAGAAGCCUACCAUGAAGGUCUCUCGCCAAGGAUCUAAGGUUUCCAGCAGUGUCCCCAACUACUCAUCUUUGAGUUACAACUUUACCGAAUACGAUCUGGAAUUCGAUGCUAAGAUUUCCCGAGGAGGUUUCAUCUGGGCAGUUGGCUACAAUUUUGGCAUUCGCUCAUCAGGGGGAAUUCUCAUGAACUUGGCUGGCAAUUACCCAGAUGAGACAACAUACCUCAACACAAACAAGACACUAUUUCCCCCGUCCACUAUCACCCUGGCGCAUGGCGUGAACUUCGUCAACGAAACCACUUUGACAUCAUACAAACUGGCCUCGUUUCAGCUUCCAUUCGACGUGGAAGAAGACGUAUGGUACCGAAUCUCGACUAGUGUUCGCUCUCAAGGUUUGGCUGUCAGCUUGAACCAAAUCCAGCUAUUCAAUGUCUCCCUAUCUAGUUAUUAUGCAGGCGGAUCUUCAAUUUCAACCUCCGGUGCCUUUGGCUUUGGCGCUUGGCAAGAUCAGUCUGCCUAUAUUCGUGAAGUCUCUGUCCGUGAUACCUCUGGCCAUUUUGUUUAUCAGAACUCCAUGACAAACGCCACCGCCGUUCUCCCUGAGUACGGCCAGCAUGAAAACUAUUUUCCAACUUGUGUGGAUGGCGCGAAGCGCGAUCGUUUGGCUUGGCUUGGAGACUUCCUGCAUACUGCCAGAAUCAUUGGAGUCACAACCAAUCGCAGUGAUCAUAUCACUGGCACCUUCAAGCUGCUUCUGAGCGAUCAGCUUUCCACCGGCCAGCUACCAAUGGCCCCGUCUCUUGGCUACUCGCCAGACAUUGCACCGAGGACAUUCGCAGUCAGUGGUGUUGCAUACCUGCUGCCGGACUAUCAGAUUCUUGGUCUUAUCUCUUUCGCUUCCUACAUGGAGCAGUCCGAUGACACGGGAUUCGCCCGUGAGCACUGGACUGGGUGGAAGGCUGCCGUCAAUUGGCUUGCAGAAUAUCGCAGCAACUCUACUGGACUCAUUGACUUUUCGUCGUUCGGCAAUGCGUUCCUGGGCCCCAGUAGUGGCUCAGCCGUCAAUGCCGCCUCUGUUGAGGCAUUUAAGGGCAUGUCCACUGUUGCUUCAGCUGUCGGAGAUAUAUCGUCGGCUAAGAAGUGGGCCGAGAUCUCCAAAUCCCUCCAAGCAAGUCUCAAUAACGAGCUGUGGAGUGAUGAAUAUGGCGUCUACUCCAUCCAGAAGUCGCAACCCGGGAACUUCUCUCUUUCCGCUCUUGGAUUUGCCAUCACAUCCGGAUCGGCCAAUGCCACUCAGAUCAAGCUUUCGUUGGCUAAAUUAUCGUCUCUCAAGCUGGGACCGGGAUAUCGUGACUCGAGUCUGGUCGCCUCAUCAGAUUCGAGCGCAAAUCUGUCACCCAACACAAAUGGUUUCCUUCUCCCAGCCUUACUACAGGAAAAGCAGGCAGCUCCUGUCGCAUUCCUGUUGGAAAACCUCUGGGGCGCAAUGGUCAGCAAUGACUCUACCAAAUCCGGUGCGACCUGGGAAUAUGUGAACCAGAAAUCCCAGCCAGGCUAUGGCCAGUUCACCUCUCUCAGCCAUCCUUGGGGCGGAGCUGCUACAUAUGCACUUACCAGCUAUGUGGCUGGUAUUCGGCCGGUGACCUUUGGGUAUAAAUCGUGGAUUGUGGAGCCGGCCUACGCAGGAUUCGGAUUGGGUGGAGUGAACGCGACAGCUCCAACACCCCAUGGACCUUUGAGCGUUGCCUGGACGGUGCACAACAAUGUCGUUACGGUGAACAUCGAUGCCCCAGCGGGAACAACUGGAAAGCUAAUCUUAAGCAAAGACUGGGCAUGCCAGGGUGAAUCUCCGAGCCAAAAUUGUGCUCAGGUCAAGGAUUUUGUCCGUGAGAUUGAGGGAGGAAGCGUACAUCAUUUCACCCACCCAAUGCACGCUUGA